AUGGAAUCGAAUGUGGACCAGUUGAUGGCCAAACACGGGGUCACAGUGGAUAUGGUGGAAGGCAAAUCAGAGGGCGAUGUCCAACAAGACGAGUCUGUGUCAGUUGAAACCGGAGGCUUUGGGAAUAUGUUUUCCUUUGACAAGGUCCUCAAGAGAACGACACGUGAACAACUGCUGAGGCGAGUGGUGUAUUUAGAAGAACAUUUUCACAAAGGUGAUAUCGCGUGUUCUGCAAGUCCGUGUGCUAACGGUGGCGUGUGUUCCGUGAAAGACGAAACUUACUCUUGCCAGUGCGCUGGAAACUAUUUCGGGGAGAACUGUCAAGACAAAGAUGUCGACGAGUGUAGUUUGGGAACUGACAGCUGUGACAAGACGACGUCAUACUGCGUGAACUCAGUUGGUUCGUUUCGUUGUCCGUGUAAAGACGGGUUCGGUGACGAUACGCUCGGGUGCUCGGAUGUAGACGAAUGUAGUUUGCAGACCUACAACUGCGGUGAGCUGUCAUACUGCACCAACACCGCUGGGUCCUUUAAGUGUACCUGUCAAGAAGGAUACGCCGAAAGUGGAAUGGGAUGUGCAGCGGAUGCAUGUUACACACAACCUGAGCUGUUUGGUGCUGAAGUAAUUAAAAAGUCAGAAGAUGGGAUGAAGAUUACGUAUGGUUGUAAAGAUGAUUUCAAAUUACGAGAAGGAAAUCCGACAGCAACGUGUUCCCGCCAAAUUGGAGUCUAGGAACUUUCUAUCAU